AACAAAUUCCACUCCCUGUUUUCUUUGGGUUUCAGAGGCAAGACCAGCAGUUUCUCUUCAUGAAGCUUUACGGCGGGGUGCGUAGAAAAAUAUGGUGCCGCCCAAACAUGAAGUUAUUCUCGUCAGUCCCAUCUCUCACCUCACUAUCUGAUAUCGAAACCCAGUUGAGAGUUCUCUGUGAAAAACCCAAUUCUCAAUUUGCAGAUGCAGUUUCGUUGUUUAACAGAGCCAUAUGCUCGAACCUCUUGCCAUCCGGGUCAGUUUGUAAUUCUCUCUUGGAAGCGCUUGUGAAGUCCAAAAAUUACGAAUAUGCCUUUUCGGUUUAUAAUAAAAUGACCCGUAUUGAUAUUUCUCCGAGUUUUAGAUCCUUGAGUGGUUUAAUUGAAGUUUUCGUGUAUACACAGAAGCUUGAAUUUUCAUUAGGAGUGAUUGGGUUGAUAAUGAAGCGUGGUUUUACUGUGAAUGUUUAUGGAAUUAAUCUUAUAUUAAAGGGUUUGUGUAGGAAUAGUGAGGUUGAUAAGGCUGUAGUGUUGUUUAGUGAGAUUAAAAGAAAUGGUGUAUUGCCGGAUAUUUUUAGUUACAAUACAGUCAUAAACGGACUUUGUAAAGCAAAACGAUUGGAGGAAUCAUUGAGUUUUUUGUUGGAUAUGGAAGCCACGGGUUGUUGUCCAAGUUUGGUUACAUACACCACUUUGAUAGAUGGCCUCUGUAAGGAUGGUUGGGUGGAUGAGGCAUUGGGAAUAUUUAAAGAGAUGAAGAGGAAAGGUUUGGACGCAGACGUUGUUGUGUAUGGUGCCCUUAUAAGUGGUUUUUGUAAUGAAGGAAGCUUCGAUAGAGGGAAGGCACUCUUUGACGAAAUGUUGGAGGAAGGAAUUUCUCCAAAUGUAGUUACAUAUAGUUGUUUAAUACAUUGUCUUUGUAAGAUGGGGCAAGUGGAAGAAGCAACUUCAAUGCUAAAUACUAUGAUGGAGCGUGAGAUUCACCCUGAUGUUUUUACUUAUACAAGUUUAAUUGAAGGUCUUUGUAGACGUGGGAGGGCCACUAAAGCUGUUGAUUUAUUGAAUUGUGUGCUAAAAAAAGGUGAAAAACCCAGUGUUAUAACGUAUAAUGUCUUAAUAAAUGGGUUAUGCCAGGAAGGUGUCUUGGAUGAAGCUUAUAAAAUUUUGAAAAUGAUGAUAGAGAAAGGGAAAAUGCCUGAUGUGGUUUCGUACAAUACAUUACUGAUGGGACUUUGCAAGAAUGGGAAGGUUGAUGAAGCAGUGGAACUUUUUAAUUUGAUAUUGAAGGAUAGGAGAUAUGUUCAACCGGAUGAUAUGACAUUUAACCUGCUAAUUCAAGGGCUCUGCAAAGCAGACCGUCUUGAUGAGGCUAUGGAGAUUUAUAAUGUAAUGGCUGAGAGGGGGAGCUCAGGUAAUUUGGUAACUUAUAAUAUUUUAAUUGGAAAAUAUCUGAUGGUUGGAGCAAUUGACAAGGCCUUGGAAAUGUGGAAACGCAUAAUUGAAUUGGGACUUGUUCCAAACUCAAUAACCUACAGUAUCAUGAUUGAUGGAUUUUGCAAAAUGCGUAUGCUUAAUGUUGCAAAAGGAAUUUUCUGUAAAAUGAGAGUUUCUGGGCUUCGCCCUACCUUGUUCGACUACAACACAUUGAUGGCAUCUUUGUCCAAGGAGAGUAGUUUGGAGCAAGCCAAGAGAUUGUUUCUUGAAAUGAGAAAUGCCAACUGUAAACCAGAUGUCAUCUCGUUUAAUACUAUGAUUGAUGGAACUCUUAAAGCAGGAGAUUUUCAAUCUUCCAAAGAGUUACUUAAUGACAUGCUUCAGAUGGGUUUGGCUGCUGAUGCUUUAACUUUUUCCACAUUAAUAAAUAGGGUUUCGAAAGCUGGACAGUUGGAUGAGGCCAAAAGUCUGUUUCAUAAAAUGGUUGAUUGUGGUUUUACACCUAAUGCCUGUGUGUAUGAUUCACUCCUAAAAGGUCUUAGUUCAAAAGGUGAAACAGGAGAAAUCAUUAAUUUGAUUCAUCAGAUGGCACAUAAGGGUGUUCAUCUUGACUCAGAAUUAACUUCAACCAUCUUGAUAUGUCUAUGUAAUAUCUCAGAGGAUCUUGAUGUGGAGAAGCUUUUACCUCAAUUUUCCCAAGAAAUGUCAAAGAGGACAAGCUUCUCUUGCAAUGAGUUAUUGUUGAAACUACAAGAGUAUCACCCGGAGCUUCUAGCUAUAUGAAGUGGUGCACAAAGAAAUAUGGUACCGCCUAGCCAUGCUUCUUUACAGGGACAUGCUUAUGAUGCUUGCAGGUAGUGAAAAAUGAAUGAAGCAAACUGGGUUUGCGAAAAUCUAAUGAGAGAGGAAGCUUUUUAUAUUCAGCAUCUCUUUGGUGACAUCAUCUAGGCUUUCUUAGAUACAGGACUGCCCUAGAAGCAAUGGAUAUAUAUCUGAUGAUUUGAGAAGAUAUCCUGAUUCGCCAAUAUCUUUGCCUGGUGUGAUCUUGAGAAUUGAGAGAAAGAUGAAAGAUGAAUUGUUGGAGUUUUCGCUGACAUGAUCGUGUAAGAUCCAGCUGAAGACUUGUUUGAAGAUCAAGAAAAGAAAAGGAAGAUUGUGAUGAUGCAUUGCUAUUGUCAGUGCAAGAGGUAAAGCUUGCCAUAGCAUUCUCGAGUAAAGCUUGCCAUAGCAAAGGGUUGAUAGAUUUCUUAAGCUUUUGCCGGUUGGAAUUGGCUGUUGACUUCUACAGUAGAUAAACGUUAUUCAGGUAGAAAAGGCUCACUGUCUGAACAUUUGAGUUGCCUUGAGGAAUAUCUUCAUCGUUAUUACUGGCUUCAAAAAGCAUGGGUCAGUGCCAAUUAAAUGCAUUUUUAAUUUACUUAUUCGAAAGCAUGCAGCUGAUUCUAAGGCAUUUUAUUACUUUCAAUAGAUUUUUUUUUUAUGACCAACUUUCAAUAGAUUUUUCUUAAUGGUCGAAUUUCAUAUCUAUAUAAUUAAAGUGAAAAGAUAAAAUAAAAAAAUAACAUCACAUUUUGGACUUUCUAUGCUUUGGUCAUUUAAAAACAUGCUGACUAGUUGUAAAAUUUUGCCUAGAAUCUUUCUUUGAAUGGCUAGAAAAUGGGAUCUUCUUAUUCUUCGC